UUUGAACAAUGUGGUGUCAUUAUGAGAACAAAAUUCUUACGUGACAAAUUUAGCGGCAAGUCUAAGGGCUUUGCAUACAUUAGGUUUUCGGACGUUGUGUCUAUUGAAUUAGCCCUAAAACUAAAUGAGUCACUGUUUUGCGGAAGACAAAUUGAAGUC